CCCCCUGUAACUAAAUGUUUUUAUGCUUCGCACAGGGCAGUAGAGGCAAAGCAAGGAUUUCCUAGCACUGCUACACCACCGUGUUUACUGUGCACAUGUCAAUUAACACUGUGACUCUUGACUCUAACAUUACGCCUUUUAAUGUAGACUAUUUGAAAUCGCCAUGGUAACUUGGAAACUAGUUUGUUCCCUGGCUCAAAAAAUGGUAAAUUUAUCCGCGACAUACAGUUGGGGUUUGUGAAAUAUUACUGUUUGCGUUCAGCAUGACUCAAUAAAGCAAAUAUAAACUGACAUUUCUAGUAAAUUGAAAGAAAAACUUAGUCAAUGGUGCUUAUAAAUAAAUGUGUUUUUUUUUCAGGCAAUUACAAUAAAAGUCCAUCAGACAGCAGUCAAUAGAAAUGUCUAUUUCUGGUUGAAUUUAUGGAUGUAUUUUUUUAGUUUCUUUGCCUGUGGCCAACGACAUAACACUGGAAUAUUGGGGUUUUUUUGUUCUUUCUUUCUUUCUUUUCAAUCAGCUGAUUGAUACAAGUGUGCAGCUAACACCUCCCUUUUGUGUGGCUGUUAACAGCCUCGUUAAUCAGAUUUGUGCGUCUGGAUUUAAGCCCUUGCCCUUUGAUUUCGCUCGCUGUGCAAACAUCCUCGUUCUGUGGACGCAGCUUCCACUCAGCCACGCGGGCGGACGGACGGACGGAUGGAAGCGGACCUGCUGAGAGCCAGCGCUGCGGCUGUGCGUUUUAAGAACGGGGCGCACGGAGCGCAAUCGUCCCGCAGAUGAACCACAAACCGGAGGAAGUGUAUGUGCGUCAGACAAGUAACCCGUCAGUCACCGAUGAACAUGUCGGAGAACUUCACAGAUCCGGACACCGAUGCGCGGGCUGCGACUGCGGCCACUCAUUACAACGUGUUUGCUCUGGUGUUCGGGAUCCUGCUGAUUGUUACCGUCACUGGUGGGAACGUGCUGGUGUGUGUGAGCGUGUACCUGGAGAAGGCUCUCAAAACUACCACCAACUACUUCAUUGUAAGCCUGGCGUUCGCGGACCUCCUGCUGGCCGUGCUGGUGCUGCCGCUCUUCGUUUACGCAGAGUUUCAAGGUGGCGUUUGGUCCUUGAACACGGUGAUAUGUGACAGUUUGAUGACCAUGGAUGUGAUGCUAUGCACAGCCUCUAUAUUCAACCUCUGUGCCAUCAGUGUGGACAGGUUUAUUGCUGUGUCCAUUCCUCUAAAUUAUAACCGUAAACAUGUGGAUCAUCGUCAGCUCAUCUUGCUGCUGGCCACCUGGCUGUUUGCACUUGCUGUGGCCUCACCAGUCAUCUUUGGCAUCAACAACGUGCCUAACCGUGACCCCAGUGAGUGCAAACUGGAGGACAAUAAUUAUGUGGUUUAUUCUUCGGUCUGCUCCUUCUUCAUCCCUUGCCCUAUUAUGGUCCUGCUGUACUUUGGUGUUUUCCGUGGCCUGCAGCAGUGGGAAGAAGCUCGUCAGGCCAAACUACGCAGCAGCAUCGAUGCCUGCCGAAAGCUGCAGCAUGCCGCAGUUGCCACCGCACUGCCCCCGUUGGCGGGCACCAUCUCCGGACCUUUGCCCAUGCCUCUGCCCAGAAUCAUCGAGAGGGACUUGGCCCAAUCUCGGCUGGAUGACGGGGACAACUAUACAAAGCACAUUCCUUAUCCCAGGCAGUACCAAGAAAACUCAGUGGCCACGGUGACGCUGAGUCAACAGCAGCAUCUAAAGAAGAGAGCCAAGAUUAACAGCAGGGAGAGAAAAGCGAUGAAGGUGCUACCCGUGGUAGUAGGUUGCUUCCUGUUCUGCUGGACACCAUUCUUCGUUGUCCAUACAACACGAGCCGUGUGUUUAACUUGCAGUAUUUCGCAGAGUCUGAUGAGCACCGUAACCUGGCUGGGCUAUGUCAACAGCGCCCUCAAUCCCAUCAUCUACACCAUUUUUAACACAGAGUUCAAGAAGUUCUUCAAGAAAUGUUUCCGUACCUGCUGCUAACAAUUUCUCUCUGCCAGAAGCAGCAGAGAUGUGAUACAGAAAUGUGUCGGGUCUGGAUCAACUGUAAACAACCGGAGACUGACAGACUUUCGCGCCAAUGUUUUUUAAAGUUGCCUUGCAUAAGACAUUAACACACUUGUUGUGAGCCAGUCUUAGAAAUAGACGCUUGGAUUCAGUACAACCACAGCUGCCAAAACAUGUGUUGAAUAAACUUAAAAUCUCACCACUAAGGAGCUUGUAGUCUAGGUCAGUGUUUCACAACAUUCUUUGAGCCGCGGCACAUAUUUUACAUAACAAAAAUACCACUGAGCACCACCAAACAAAAAUAUCACAAAGGUAUAUGAAACGUAAUCUUCUAGAUUAUAGCCACAACUUAAUAACUCUGUGUGAAACCUGUGCCUGUUUAGUGAAACACAACGCUGAUGUACUUGCAGGA